UUGGGCCAAGAAGGAAGAGCAGAGCCGACAAACUGACCGAAGCCGAACCGAAAUAAUACAUGACAUGAUAUUAUUUUAAUCGAUUUUUGCAAGUACUUCAAAGCUCGUUCCUUCUGUUGAAAGUAAUAAUAUUAUUGCGGAUUUUGUUUUACACUAAACAUAAAAAUAUUGUUUCACUAUAAAUAUAAGUGCAUUUAUGUGAGAUAAAAUGAAAUUAGUUGAUCAAGUUGUACGCAGUUUUAAGGUUGCCAAGGUGUUUCGAGAAAACACUGAUAAAAUAAACAGCAUAGAUUUUUCGCCAAGUGGCGAUACCUUGAUUUCAUGCAGUGAAGAUGAUCAAAUCGUAAUCUAUGAUUGUGACAAAGGAACUCAAAUUAUAACGGUUAAUAGCAAAAAAUACGGAGUUGACCUGAUACAUUUUACACAUGCCAAAAACACUGCUAUACACAGUUCAACCAAGGUGGAUGAUACAAUACGAUAUCUAUCUUUACAUGAUAAUAAAUAUAUCAGAUAUUUUCCUGGACAUACUAAAAAAGUUGUGACUCUUUGUCUUUCACCUGUGGUUGAUACAUUUUUGUCUGGCUCAUUGGAUAAAACUCUGCGCUUAUGGGAUCUUCGUUCACCGAAUUGUCAAGGUCUUAUGCAUUUGUCAGGAAGACCAGUAGCAGCUUAUGACCCGGAAGGAUUAAUAUUUGCUGCUGGUGUCAAUUCUGAAAGUAUUAAGUUAUAUGAUUUGAGGUCAUUUGAUAAAGGCCCAUUUGUAACAUUUAAAUUAAAUCAAGAAAAAGAAUGUGACUGGACAGGGUUAAAAUUUUCUCGUGACGGAAAAACCAUGUUGAUAAGUACCAAUGGAUCUAUAAUUCGUUUAGUGGAUGCUUAUCAUGGGACUCCUCUACAAACAUUUACUGGACAUUUAAAUAACAAAGGAAUACCAAUUGAAGCUUCAUUUAGUCCUGAUUCACAGUAUAUAUUUAGUGGAUCUACAGAUGGUAGAGUUCAUGUUUGGAAUGCUGAUACUGGUUACAAAGUAUGUGUACUAAAUGGAGAUCACCCAGCACCAAUACAGUGUGUUCAAUUCAAUCCAAAAUACAUGAUGCUAGCGUCUGCAUGUACUAACAUGGCAUUUUGGCUGCCUACUAUUGAUGAUGUCUAAUUUUUUAUGAUUUAUUAAAAAAGAAGUUAAAAGUA